UCCGAAGUUUUGCAUAGGUUUAGUUUAGUAAGAAGUUGGAGUCGUGGUUUUGAGAGAAUUUAUGUUUUGUUGUAGAUUCGUGAAUAUCAGCCACAUCGAUGCCACCGAAAUCAUGAUGACCGAUGCUCAGAGAAGCACGAGGAGCUGCAGAGGUUUGAAAAAUGAAGAUGGGUAUGAAAUUUCUAUUCCCUUUGAGGACAACAGUCUGGAUGAGUCUGGUUUCUAUAAUCAAAAUGACCACACUUUCGAUGAGUCCGUAUCAGGUCAGAUUCCUACUUGCAGUCCAUACCUUCUGAUUACGAGCCUCCGAGCACAACUGCAGAUUUCCCUGGAAAAAAACUCCUGGCUUCAAAAACGCAUAGAAGAUCUGGAGGAAGAGAGGGACUUCUUGCGGUGCCAACUUGACAGAUUUAUUUUCACCACCAAGAGUCAGGAGGGCAAUGGCAUAACUGUUAAAGAAACGGAAGCAGAAGCUGAGCUUCAACCCACCACUGGGAAGCAGCCCACCAACCUGAAGCCACCCACCCGGAAGACGGCUAUUACUUCUCCAUCAUCCAUAAUAACCCGCUCUGGAAAAAUCACACCACGCAACCUGAAGCGUGGCAGAAACAAUCAAGAAGACGAGGAGGUGAUUGAGGAGGAAGAGUAUAUAGCAGAGGAAGAUUUUGUGGAAGAGGAGCAUGUUGUUACAGAUGAUGAUGCCGAGGAUUCAGACGGUAAAAACUCACGUAAGAGCCGUUCAGGAAGGCAGAGUGGCCAAACAAGGGUGAAAAGACGACGCGUUUUCCGUAUUGCGCGAAGCAUGGAAAGACAAAGAGUCAAAGACCCUGCAGGUGUUCUGCUGCGCUACAAUAAGAUCCUUGUCACCUAUCAAAAGUUGAAGAGCAUGUCAAGAGCGUUCCAGGUCCAUGGGGUUGACCGUAACACCGUGGCCUCCACCACUCCUAUUGCUGAAAUGCUUUUGGUUGCUCCUGAGAAGGUAUCUGAAGUUGGUGAGUUCGAUUCCUCCAAGGAAAAGCUCCUGGAUUAUGCAAGACGCUGCUAUAAAGCUCUUGACGAGAGCGCGCAUGCUAAGGUGCAGGCCUUGAAAAAGAGCAACCUCUUGCUGCCCAUCUCGUACAGGUUCAGACACUAAAUUUCCACAGAUAGUCCUUUUUUGGGGUGGAGAAGCCUGCACUGUUGAUUUAUAGGUAUUUGGAGUCCAUUCAUUGACACUUUAUAGGGUUUUUUUUUUUUCUAGAUCGACACUUUUGGAGGGGAAAAAAUGUUCAAAUCUCAACACUUUGCCAACUCUGUUAAUAACGAUCAUUUUUCAAAAUGUGUAGAUUUCAGGAAUGGCUAUUUGGCCAAAUACUAUACUGUAAGAACUUGUGAGUGAAGAAAUAAAGGGAGAAGAACAUUUGUGAGAUUUGUAGUCAGCCACUGUAUGUGAAGGGUUACAUUUUCUAUUUUUCUAGAUAUGCCCAAAUUCUUAUUGUAAAUUCCGUCCUUCAAUUAAAAUGUACUUUUUGUUUGAUUUUCAUGGGGAUCACACAAGGUGCCAUUUUCUUUCGUAUUCUGACCUUUGUGAUCACAUUUGGGUGAUACGAAUCGGGCUAAAGGUUAUUGAAUAAUAAUAAUUGAAGUUCUCAGCUUGUUGCAUCAUCUUCAGAGUUUCAAAAUGUUCUAAAUUUGCUGGAAAAAAAAAACAAAACUCUUUCAUUAGUGGCCUUUGCUUUAACAAGCUGUGGUUACUUUCAAUUAAACAAUUAGUGAGAAAAACUCAAAGAAGUAGUUUCAGUGUUCAUCUGUUUAUUAAAGUCACUAGGUUUGAAGUUCUGGUGCAGUCUUGUUGGCACAAAUCAUUUCAGAUUCCACAAAUAAAGCCUUUGUUUAUAGAAAUGCAAACCCUUCUUUUCGUCGUAAUAUGGGACUAUUUUUGUUUUUGUAAAAUGGCAAAAUAAAUUGUGUAUAAAAAGUCAAUGUAUAAUAUUGGAGACGUUUUACGAGUCCUACUCAGGAGGUUACAAGCAAAAGUCAAAACUUAGAGAUUGUUUAUUGAUUUAAAAUAUUAAAUGUUGUUCACGGCAUUCCUUACUAGUUGAUGGUAUGCCUGUAAGAUUAAAUGUAAUGCUAAAAUUGUUCAUACAUCGGACCAACCGUUUAAAGGCUUUAUUGAUGUUUUUGUGAUUGUGACCCUAUUAUUUUGCAUUUUCACUGUUCAUGUAAAAACUGUGCCCUGCUGUUAUUAAAACGCAUCUCCA